GUCAGUCGCGCGAGGGCCUUCGACGUGUGGAGGUGCUUUCCCCGCGCUUCGCGUGCGUAACACCGCCGUUCUCUCUCUCUCCCCCCCGGCUCUCGCUUCCCCCGAACCCGCGCGACGCAUCACUGCCACUAGUAUAGUAGUACAAUACUGCCGGAGUUUGAGAGUGCCGACGCAACACGCGCCCGUGUGUGUGUACUGUAUCGCGCGCGCGCGCGAUCGCGAUUCGAUCGUCCGUCGUGAAGUUGCAGCCGACGGCUCGCAAGCUCGCCGUUUUUCGGCACUUGACGUGCCACUUCGCGACACGUCGCGAGCUCGGACGUUUCGGACGCGAGUGCGCUCGUACGUGCGAGUGCUCAAUCUCUCAAAGUGUUCAUUCGCGCGGUGUCUCUCUCUCUCUCUCUAUCCGUCGUCUCGCGUGUGCUUAAACGCUUUAUACACACGCGCACGUACACUGCCGGAAGCGCGCGUUCGAGCGACCCGACGAGAAUGUCGUUGGGGACUAUGAGGCGUCGCUGAACGUCUCUUAACGUCGCGUCGGGGGAGGAAAGAGGAAGGGUGUGCAGAGCAGCAGGACGAGGACGAGAGAAGAACGGAGAGGCGGGAGGAGGAGAAGUGCACACUUUAUCGGAGCGUAUCGGAAAGAAGAGAGGCGACCUGUGUUCGACGAGUCGCCGCCGAGUCGCGCGUCGAGAUUUAAACCGCCGCCGCCGCCGUCGCUACCGCUGGGCGAUUUAAAUGGGCGGUGAAAGCAUUCCAGCAGGUGCUAUGGGUAGAUCCAGGUUUUCCACGGGCCUGCGAGGUUCACCUACGUCUCGGCUUGAUGCUGAAGGUCCACGCUGACUUCGACGCAGCCUUAAAGCACCUGACCCUCGCCCUGAUCGAUGCCACCACACCUGCCUCUUUUUCCAAGCUCGAGAUUAAGUUCCACAUUGCUCAUCUGUAUGAAAUACAAGGCAAAUAUAGGUUGGCAAAAGAACAUUACGAGAGUCUACUAGAUGAAAAGCCUCUACCCGAGCAAUUGGGAGCUGACAUUUACCGUCAACUAGGAUGGAUGUUCCACGUGGUUGACUCUACAGUGUUAGGUGUGAGCAGACAGUUUAAGCAAUCAGCAGCUUUGGGCUGUUUGUACAAAUCUAUUCAGUCGGAGCCCUCGAGCGGACAGAGUCUUUAUCUUCUGGGACGAUGUCUAGCUGCAAGUGGAAAAGUACAUGAUGCAUUCCUUGCAUAUAGAAAUUCCGUCGAAAAAUCGGAAGGAAAUGCUGACACGUGGUGCAGUAUAGGGGUUCUCUACCAGCAGCAGAAUCAGCCUAUGGAUGCAUUGCAAGCAUACAUUUGUGCGGUGCAACUGGACAAAUCACACUCGGCUGCUUGGACCAAUCUGGGCAUACUGUACGAAAGCGUUAGCCAACCGAAAGACGCUCUGGCCUGUUACGUCAACGCAGCCAGAGGAAAUACCAACACAGCAAAUUGCACAGGCCCACUGGUGGGUCUUGGCGGCGUCAAGUCCGGUGGCAACAACCCGAUGAACCCGUCCCUUCAACAGCGCAUCAAUUUUCUGCAGAGUCAUCUAAGUCAAGCACCAAUGCCUUCCGUCGCUACCAAGAGGCGGCAAUUGCCGUCGAUCGAAGAGGCUUGGAAUCUACCGAUAAGCGCAGAGAUGUCUAGUCGGCAACAGCAGCAACAGCAACAACCUGGUGGACCCUCGUACAACAAGUAUGGUGUCACACCGACUGGUCCGCCACCACCUUAUCCUCAAACUCAAGGACAGCCUGCCAAACGAUUUAAAAAUGAUGAUACAAUAUCGGCGCCACAGCAACGGCCACCAAUAUUCAUGUCGUCACAGCAGCUGCAAAUGCUGCACUUCCUACAGCAGAAUUCAAACAAUCUGACAGCGCAGCAACAGACUCUUCUCGUGCAACUGCAGCAACAGUACCGCGCAAUGCAACAACAUCAGCAACAGAUCAGAUUGCAACAGCAGCAGGCGGCUCAGCGAGGCCUCAGACCGGGCCAGCCGGGUUAUCCCGCUGCUUAUACUGGCCAGACUCUUGGUCAAUCAUCGGGGGUUAUCAAGAAUUACGGAAUCCCGCAGCAACCGUUGCAACAAGGAGGUACCGUCGCUUUGCAAACCGGGUUCUCCGACAGCAAUAUCGGAUACAAUACAGCGGCGACCGGAAACACCACGCAGACACCAGGAAUGCCUUACAAAUCCGCCUCCGAUCCCACUUAUCCGCCUCAGAGGCCACAAAUUGCUGGCAGCGCCCAAUACGGGGGCCAAUUUCAGCAACAGGCAAACCAGUUCGUCGCACAGGGAUACAACACGCAGUCGUCAACAACUAGUGGGUAUCCGGAAAGUUCUGCAGCGGCUGCAGCGGCGAACAAGGACAACCUGGGCGUAACGGAUCAGGAAUUACAGGAGCUUUUGUCAGAGAAAGGUAUCAUAGCUACAUCGCUGGCGGAGGAUAUACUUAAGCACUUCGGUUCCGAAGAUCUCGAUACUGUCGUCAAAGAAGAACCAUCUGCCGGCGGUGCAGUCAUGAACGACAAUGGCACGCUGAGUUCUGGUCCAUUUUCGCCGUCGAAUCUCGAGGAGACUGCAGCGACGGAGGGCAAAGCGAAGAAGGCGGAGAAGCUAGAGGAAGCGUCCCAAUUGACACAGUCGAAAUCCACUACGGAAGCGAUGACUGCAGCCAUGACGACGAUCGCGACGACAACGGUGACGACAGUGGCCGACACAACAACGGUAAAAUCCGAGGCGACGACGGCCACGACGACGACGACCACGACGACGACCACGACGACGAGUAGACAAGACGUAUCGACGGCCAACAUCUCCAAAGCGGAACCGAUGGCGAACCUAAAACUCGAGUCGCUGUGUGAGUCACAGCCGGAGCAAGAAUUAAGCAUCGAUAUGGACGCUCGAACAAUCAUAGAGGCGUGCAAAGGUCAAGGAUUGAAAGGUGUGCCGAACUGUUCGAUACUAAGCGAUCGUUCGCCACCACCUGCGCCGCCGGAUCCGCCUAGUCAACGCCUAACGAAGGAGCAACUGCUGCCACCCACUCCGAGCGUCUAUCUGGAGAAUAAAAAGGACGCGUUCGGCCCUCAGCUGCAGGAAUUCUGUUUGAAGCAUCCUAUCGCGGUGAUACGCGGACUUGCAGCCGCGCUUAAGCUCGAUUUGGGUCUGUUCUCGACGAAAACUCUGGUCGAGGCAAAUCCGGACCACAGUGUUGAGGUGCGAUCGCAGAUACAGCAGACCAGCGAGGAGAACUGGGACCCGACUCUUAACAAGAAGGUUUGGAACUGCAUCAGUCAUCGCAGCCACACUACGAUAGCUAAAUACGCCCAGUACCAGGCGUCGAGCUUUCAGGAGAGCUUGAAAGAGGAGAAAGCUCAGGGCGUGCACGCGUCCAAUUUAUCCGACUCGGAUUCGAAAGACAGCACGGGUCAAACAGUCAGACGAAAGAAGAAUACCUUUGGUCUGACUGGUCGACCAGGUGCCAAAAUGUUACGCUUUGGUACCAAUGUCGAUUUAUCAGACGAACGGAAGUGGAAGCCGCAAUUGCAAGAAUUGAUGAAGUUACCAGCGUUUGCUAGGGUGAUAUCGGCCGGUAAUAUGCUCAGUCACGUGGGUCACGUGAUCUUGGGGAUGAAUACCGUUCAGUUAUACAUGAAGGUACCCGGCAGCAGAACGCCUGGUCACCAAGAGAACAACAAUUUCUGUUCCAUCAACAUUAACAUCGGACCGGGCGACUGCGAGUGGUUCGCCGUGCCGGACGCUUACUGGGGCGUCAUAUGCUCGCUUUGCGAGCGUAACGGCAUCGGUUAUCUUCACGGUAGCUGGUGGCCGAAUCUAGAUGAUUUGUACGAGGAGAACAUCCCGGUAUACAGGUUCCAUCAGCGUCCGGGUGAUCUUGUCUGGGUGAAUGCUGGCUGUGUACACUGGGUGCAGGCAGUCGGUUGGUGUAACAACAUCGCGUGGAACGUUGGCCCGCUCACCGCCAGGCAGUAUCAGCUCGCGAUCGAGCGUUAUGAAUGGAACAAGUUGCAGUCAUUUAAAUCGAUCGUGCCGAUGGUGCACCUCUCGUGGAACUUGGCUCGCAAUAUUAAAGUAUCCGAUCCGCGACUAUUCGAACUCAUUAAAAACUGCCUGCUCAGGACGAUGCGGCAAUACUGUCUCAUAUUGGAGUUUGUGAAAAGCAAAGGCGUAGAAGUACGCUUCCACGGUCGUGGUAAAAAUGAAGCUUCACAUUACUGCGGCCAAUGCGAGAUUGAAGUGUUCAACAUUUUGUUCAUCCGUGAACAAGAGAAGCGUCAUGUUGUGCAUUGCAUGGAUUGCGCACGCAAACAAUCUCCUUCAUUGGAGGGAUUCGUCUGUCUUGAGGAGUACCGUAUGCGUGACCUAAUGGACGUCUACGACGGAUUCACUUUGUACACAUCGCAAGCUGCCGCCACUUCCACCGCGUCAUCAUCAUCAGCACUAUCUACGUCGUCGCAGGUGCAAGGCAGCGGCCAUUCCUCCUGAGGUUACAUGCAGCACAGAUAUUUGGACUUCCUGGGAACGUUGCAACAGCAAUAGAGGCAACCGUCGUUACCGUCCGGGUAGUUUGAAUUCUGUGUUGUUACUUUUGACAAUGAGAAACGAGAAGACACUUUUUACGAUAAGCAUUAUUAUCCAUGUACCUGAGAGCUACUCGAAGAGGGCCGGGACCGGCUCCUUGAGAGCUCCUUUUAUAGGCGGUUUGUCCGUAAACGUACCGAGUGAAACGUGUAAAACGUGUGAUACAGUAGUAAACUUUCUCAACGAAUAUUUUCGCAAAUUUUCGCAAAUAGGGAUAUUCGCUGAGCUGAUUUAAUAAACUACAUUGAUUGACAUCUGGUAAAUUUUAGGAAACAAGUUUUUUCGGAAAUUGCUGAUAGAGUACUUGUGCCAUACUUAGCACAAUUAAGUAAAAGUGCAAGUAAAACACUUUCUAUGAUGCCCUACAAUCUGCGUCCCUUUUCUUUCCGCGAAAACGAAAACUCAUCCAGGCAUCAGUCGAUCAGACGUUUUACACGUUUUAUUCCGUAUGUCGCGUGCGUACUUCUAUCUCAAUUGGUGUGUGGUAGUUUUUAUUGUGUAUUAUAUACUAUAAUACACCUGGACUGUUCAUCAGUAGGGACGUGAUUAUUGUGACAGAGCCUCGUGAGCCGGUCCCGAAGGAGAGAGAGGGACUAGAAAGAAGGGGAGUCCUCGGUGGUCACGAGGAUCGAUUCGCGUUGUCUGCGGCUCGCUCGCUCGUUAGUUAGCGCCGUUUUUCCUUUUGUACAAAUCUAGUUCGCUUAAAAAGAGAGGAAUCGCCACCUGAACAUUCUUUCUGUAAAUACACAACGGUGACCGCGAUUUUCUUAACAUAGCUCUCGGGUAUUGGCUAGAUAGAGAAAGACUGUUUUCAACUGUCAGGAGACAUAAUAGCGUGAUAAUCAGCCCGCAGCCAUCGUCAUGCGACUAUUCCCGUUUUGACGUUUCGGAUAAUUGAUGUGAUCAGGUUGUCCUCGUCAUUAUUGUUAUUGUAAUUCAUAAUUGCGUGACUCGUGAUUAUAAUAUCGAGAUUAAUGAAUAUCGCAUCGUGAAAUGUUUUAUUUGAUCGCGAAAUUGGAAUUUUAUGUCUGAAUUUCGUUUCUCGUCUUUAUUUUUUUUUGUGAUUAAUUCUGUAUAAAAGACUAUUGACGCGGUAACGUUACUCACUGCCACUUACGAAGAUAUGCAGAUAGCAAGGGAGACUCGUCCUUUUACUGUACGUAUUAAUGAUUGCACGAGGACGAACGACCGCCCAUCGUUAACUAAUCGUUAUUAGAAAAAUAUAAAGGCACACUACUGCCCUACGUGGAACUGCUCAAAUCAUUUGUAUUAUACAUUUUUCUAUUUGAAUCGAAUCGAGAUUAAGUGGAAAUUAAAUGAAAAUUAGCGAGGGUGUGUUGCUAGAGAGUAGAAUAAUCUCUACUGCCAAUUGUACACGUCUCCCAUUCAAUGAGACGUGACGUUUAACUCUCGAGUACAGAUGUGUGGCUUUUAGCGAGAUGCCGAUACGCUUCAUCUCUAGAAAUCCGAUAAUUUUUAUUGGUUGGUGUAUUGUAAAAAUUUAGUAAAAAAAAGUAAUGAACGUGUAUAUAUCAAUGAAGGCUAGAGAAUGGAGGCUAGAGAUCUAAUGAUCCAAGGAUCUAAUGAAAGAGAUCGAGAUGUAAACAUGAUCUGAAAGAAAGUACAUGUCUGUACUUUUGGGUUGAGCGUAUCUGAAAUUUUCUCUAUUCACUUUGUCGCGUUAUGUUCUAUCUUGUAUCAUUUUGUGUUUAUGCAAUUUUAUAUGUAAAUGUGUUUACGUACAAAGAUAUUGUCGCGCGAACGAAAUUUAUGCAGUCUCGGUUAGCGAUUCGCGUGGGUGUAGACGUUACACGCAGGGCGAUGACGCGUGGCAUGAAACGAGGGAGCGAGAAGUAAAAAUUCUGGAUAGAGCGAGAUAGGGAAGAUAAAUGGAACGCGGAAAAUGGGAGAUGCGAGAGCUUCUGUUCAUCAGGUAAAUUGUAUUUUAAGAGAACAAAUGUACCUUCACUCACAGUCUCGUCAAUUGAUCACGGCGUUCGUAGCCGCCACUACGUGCCAGAGCGCUUAUGUACCGCCAUCCUAUACGUUAACGCGAUUCGAGGAAAUCGAGGAUUAAAGGUGGCAUCCAUUCGUCUCGUACCAGACAAGUGCAAAACAAACAAAUCAGUGAAGGCAGGACGCUCAUCUUUCUUUCCCGCUGACCGAGUCGAAUCUUGACGUCAAUAGCGAAAACUUGUUAAUUCUUUUUUCACUAAUGUAAGUAGCACCGAAGUACAUCAUCAUUGUAUUUGAUAAUGAAGUUAAUAGAAUGCCAAAAAAUAAUUUAGAAAGAAAAGUACAUUCCUGUUACAAAUUGUCAAUAUCGUGUACUAUAUGACAGUCUCAACAAAUCUGGAGCAGAAAAGAAUUCGUUUCUCACUUCUGACAUGAUUGGUGAACGCGGUGAGAAGUCGAUACACAUAGUAAUUUUCUCAUUCAGUGGAUGGAUCCACCUUCAAUCCUCAACACGUCGAUCCCUGUUAACGAAUCACGCGAGGGGGAAAAAAAUUUACUUCCGCGAGCAUGUUGCAAGAAGGGGGGCGGAAGAAGGAAAAAAAAGUAGUUAGCUCUUUGCGUCACAAGAAAGGAUCAUCCGCAGAAGUGAUGUAUUUUUGAAUAUCUAGAAGCGCUAGUUCCACCGAAUCAGUAGUUUCGACGAGUUAAACGAGAGGAGAAUUUUCUACGUUGCUGUGCACCACACGAGUCGUAAAUGCUUUGAUGAAUUCGCUAAACUGAUGCGUCAAAGACGCCUUGUGUCUCAUAAUUUAACGCUUCGCCUAGACACCGAUGUGCGCCUUAACCGACUUUGAAAAUAUUUUGCAAAUGACAAGCCGCACAGAAGCCGCUCGAAAAACUUUCAAAGAAUCCCGAUCGAUCGCAAAAGGCAUUAAAAACGGAAUUUCAUAACAAAGACAGUUGAAGAAAUCGAGAAAAUAAGAGAGAUGCUUUCAUCCUCCCUUAAUAUUCUUCAAACUUUAGCUUUCGUAAAGGAUUUCUGCAAUUGCCACGAUAUUGUGUGCAUUUCUCAUAGACGUACAUUUUGUUGAAAUUGACUGUCAGUUAUUAUCGCACGUCGGUUCUAGCGAAUAUCAAGAAGUGCUUACAACUGGUGUACACAAUAACGACGACCACACACGGGACGCUUCCGGACGAAAUGUAGGAAAAAUAUAAUAAUCCACUACGAGCCCGCGAUACGGAAAUCCAUGGUAGAACACCUUUGUUAGAGAGAGGGAGGAAAAGGGGGGUAGUAAAACAGCUCUGUUUCUCUUGUACGUUUUAAAUCAUACAAAUAAAUACAUGCACACAGACACAUAUACACAUCCACACAAAGCACGCAAUAUGAUCUCAACGCUUUGCACGACGCCGGCGGAAAGAGGAAAGUGAUAUCAAUUGUAUUGUUGCGUAUUAUUGCUCCGCCGGCAGCCGCAAGUUCCGAACUGACUCGACAUCUUUCGCGCGAUUAAUGCUAAUCCGUAAAAUUAUAUAUAUACAUAUUAUAAAUAAAUAUAUAUAUAUAAUGUAAAGGAUAAGGAUUUAGAUAAAUUCACAGGGAGGCUCGCAAACUUCUCUUCUUCUGAUUAAAGAAGCGAGACCGGAGAAACACGUGUUCGUGUCCGCGCGACAUAAUUGCGCCUCGUGUGCGCGUUUGUUCGAUAUUUUCGAUAUUAUAAAUUAACGCGCGGAAAUUGGGGUGAACGUCGCGACGCAUGCUACUCCCUCUCAUCGCCACGACUUGGCGAUCCGCUCUCUUCGAUUGCAACCCUUACAAAAAUUCACACCGGACUUAGAAUUUUCUGGAUUUAGUUUUGUCCUCUUGCGUGAAGAAGAGUAAGACGAUAUUCGGGAGAAGAGAAUUCAAGCCAGUGUACAAACCAAUUUAAGCGUUCGCAAUAAGCGCACCGUGUACACACACUUAGCAAACAUACGUACAUAACUGACACAACACACACAUAAAUUAACGCUGACGAUCUUUAAUUGUCCAUGGACCAUAAUGCGACUUUUGAGUAAAAAAAAUCGUGAGACUGGCUCCUGAAAAGCGGGUAUUUCUUCUCGGGGAAAGUUUCGUCCAUGGAGGAUUAAAUCGGUCUGGAAGAACA